AUGGGCCGCCCUCGUCGAGCCUCGAGCAACCUCGGGGGUGAUCCUCGCGGUGAUACUAGUGCACCAGCCCUGGCGACGAUGACCACGCGAUCUGCUUCUUUUCAAAAUUCUGCAAACGGGAAAGACCUGAGGCCAAACUCGAAAAGACGGAAAGCUCGGUCAGCCUUGAGAAAAUGGAAACACAUCUCUCUCAAGCACACCUGGCUCAAUCCUCUAAUUAUCGUCCUGGUUAUCCUCGCGGCCUACUUUGUGGAUCCUGGAGAACACAAUCCCUUUCACAAAGCCAUAUUUCUCUCCUACCCACUGGGUCCGGACUAUCCAGGAGGACCGAAUAUGUACGGCAAAGGCAAGGCAGACAUGGCCUUUGUUGCGUUCUACACCAUCGUGUUGAGUUUCACCAGGGAGUUCUUUAUGCAGAGAGUUAUUCGCCCAGCUGCCAUAUACUGUGGGAUAACCAAACGAGGAAAACAGUGGAGAUUCAUGGAGCAAGUAUACACUGCACUCUACUUCUCCGUCUUCGGUCCUUUCGGACUAUAUGUCAUGUCCAAAGGACCCCUGUGGUACUUCAACACUACGGCAAUGUUUGAGGGGUUCCCUCAUAGAAAGCAUGAGGCCAUAUUCAAAGCAUAUUACUUGCUUCAAGCGAGCUAUUGGGCACAACAGGCAAUUGUGAUUCUUCUGGUUUUGGAAAAGCCACGGAAGGAUUUCAAGGAACUUGUUCUGCACCACAUAAUCACACUGUCUCUCAUCGGACUCAGUUAUCGCUUUCACUUUGCGCGCAUGGGUAUUGCAGUCUAUAUUACACAUGACAUCAGUGAUUUUUUCCUCGCAACCUCAAAGACCCUGAAUUACAUCGACGCCUCGAUAACUGGACCCUACUUCGGCUUUUUCAUUUUUGUGUGGAUAUAUCUUCGACACUAUCUCAAUCUUCGUAUUCUGUGGGCGACUCUAACUGAGUUCCGAACCGUGGGCCCAUUUGAAUUGAACUGGGAGACUCAGCAAUACAAAUGCUGGAUCAGUCAAUACAUCACAUUUGGGCUUUUAGCAAUGCUGCAAGCCGUGAAUCUGUUUUGGCUUUUCCUGAUCCUCAGAAUCGCAAAGAACUAUGUGUUCACUAGUGUUGGACAGGAUGAACGCAGCGAUGAUGAAGACGACGAUGAGGAAGAGGAGGAGUCGGAAGACCACCAAGCUCAGAAAACUAUCAUCGACAGAAAGGCAAACGGUGUUCAACCCGUGGUUCUUCUCAACGGCGAGCCGGUUGAAGCGCAGCCCAAGGCUCCCGGUGUCCGAGAACGGAAGAGAAGGGGUUGA